AUGCUUUGGAAACCUAACCUCACAUAACCUCUAAAACAUAGUUAUCGUGUCCAAAAUGGGGAAACGAAAAGGGAAGGGCCGUUGCGCCAAAAACAACAAAAACGCCACCACAGAGCCCGAAAACCUAGUGCAGGCGCCCCACACCUUCGUCAUACGUAAAGGGCUUCCAGGGGGCCACUUGACAGAACUGACAAAGGACUUCAGAAAACUCAUGGAACCUUUCACGGCGACUUCACUAAAGGAACGCAGGAAAAACACCAUCAAAGACUUUGUGGCCGUCGCGGGAUUAUUACACGUAUCUCAUUUAGUGAUUUUUUCGAGAACCGAACUCGGUUUAUACUUGAAAAUUAGCCGUUUACCAAGGGGGCCCACGCUGACUUUCAAAAUCCACAAUUUCUCGUUGGCACGUGACGUAGUUUCUUGUUUGAAACGACAAAACGUGGUGGAGGCGGCGUUUAAACACUCGCCUUUGAUUGUUUUGAAUAGUUUUAGCGGUGAGAGCAUGCACAUGAAGUUGAUGACGUCGAUGUUCCAGAAUAUGUUUCCAACUUUAAACCUGACUAACGUGGAUUUAAAUGACGUCAGACGUUGCGUUUUACUUAAUUACAACCCCACAACAAAAUUCAUUGAUUUCAGGCACUACGUCAUUAAAGUAAUUCCUGUGGGGAUUUCCAAGGGGGUGAAAAAGGUUGUACAGGGCAAAGUGCCUAAUCUUAAUCAUUGUAGCGACAUUGCGGACUUUUUAACCAAGUCGGGGGUGCUUUCAGAGAGUGAAGCUGAAGAUGAUCCCAAUCACCAGGUGACUUUACCGCAGAAAAUCGUCUCUAGGGGGAACGUCGAAUCCGGAAAAUCGUCAAUCAAACUGACUGAAGUAGGCCCAAGGUUGACCCUACAAUUAAUAAAAAUUGAAGAUGGGUUGCUUGAUGGGGAGGUUUUGUACCACGAUUUGAUUGAAAAAACGGAUGAAGAGAAGUUGUUUAUACAGAAGAAGCGAGAGGCGAAGAAGAAACUAAAAGAGAAGCGCAAAAAAAUCCAAGACAAGAAUAAAGAGAAAAAGGAACUUGUGAGAGAAGAACUGAAGAAGAAAUCUUUACAAGGAAUGAAGAACGUGAAAUUUGACGAAUCUAAGAACGUUUCUGUGGAAGCGGAUGACGAUGCUGAAUAUUAUAGACAAGAAGUUGGACAGGAACCAGAUAAAACUUUGUUUACGUCAUCUCGGGCCACUAGACCAACAAUAAAUAGGAAACGGAAACCGGAAAAAACGCAUCAAGGUAAAAUCGGCACGCCACAAGGGAAAGUUUUCCGGAAAAGUAAUCAAAAACGGGUUAAAAAGUAAAAAUUUUGACGCUUUAUUUUAUUAAA